UACAAUUUAUAAAUAAAUUCCUUUAUUCUUGGUAUUUUGUAAUGGAAGCUUCUGAUUAUUUGAUAAAAUUAUCGCAACAAUUCUUUUUCUUCACCUAUACAAAACUUUUACCUUUUAUAGUCAUAAUUGGGAUAAUCGGAAAUUGUUUAAUUCUUGUAACAAGCCAUUACAACCCCACAAAAUCAACUGGUUUCAAAUAUAUAUGGUUUUUAGCGCUAUCCGAUCUUGGAGCCUGUAUCUCGGUUAUAUUUUGGCCUUGUUUACAUACACUAGCCAACAUGUCCUUUUGGUUAUUUGCUACUACAUAUGCCUGGAACGCAUUUCUCAUAUAUAUAGUAAACGUAUUGACAAAUGUUUUUAUGAAAGCCAGCACACUUUUAACUUGUGCGCUCACAAUGGAUAGAUAUGUAGCACUUCACAAACCUUUACAGUACCGGAAAAUAAGCGUUCCCAGAAUGGUUAAUUUCGCAGUAUACAUUUCCUUUUUGAUUCCUCUAUUAUUUAUGUGUCCACGAGUGUUACAGUACAAAAUAGAAAUAAAUGGAAAAAUUUUACCUGCUCUAAUCGAGAGGCCGAAAACAACUGAGAAUAGCUUUAACUUUUCUUCCUUCAUCCUCAAUUCUCGUAAAAGAUCCAGUUAUAAUAAUUUUUCAUUUUCCUUAUUUAGCAGGAGAAAAAAUGUUUUAUUAAAAACUCCUGCAAAGAUUACACCUCAUCGUUAUAUACAAGCAAAGAAUUAUAAUGGUUUAAGAAAAUAUAUAAGAGAAACAAACGAGGAAGAAGAAAGUUUGAUGGUUUAUAAAAAAUUUAGCCCAAAAAACAAAUCCUUAGUAUUUAGUGCCACACCAUACGCCUUUAAUUAUUCAUCUCAUGACAAAGAGUGGAUCCACAAACCUUUCUAUCAUUUUGUUAACAACCAAAAUUUUACUAGCCUUCAAUCUUACACAACUUAUCAAUGGUUAAGAGAAAUUUCGUUGACAUUUGCUCCUCUGGUAAUAUUAACUAUUUUAAAUUUGUCUAUUAUACGCAGGUAUAAGUUAAAUAUGCAAAAGAGAGCUUCUAUGAUUAAUAUAAAAGGGCCAUUAACGACUGAAUUAUCCGUUACACAAAGGCCUAAAGAUUCGCUGAAAAAAUCUAUUGUAAAUAUUUUUCCGUUAAUUAAAGAUAAAAUUAAUGCGAUGAAAGAAAAUGAUAUCUCGAUAGUCAAUAAAAGCGAAUUUGAUAAUAAAUCAGCAUCAAUCGAAAACCCAUUAACUAAUAUAGAAUAUCAGGAAAAUAAAAGUAGCAUAAAAAGAUUCAAUUCUCCCGUUAGUUGUAUAGGGAAAGUUAAAGGUAAAAAUGGUAUAAGAAGUAAACAAAUUUUAAUAACCAUAAAUUCCGAGCCAUCGAUCAACGAUGAUUUUAAUAAAAAAUUAUCAGAUCCCAAUUAUACAAAACUUACGAAAAAUGUUGAAUUAAACAAUCAUGGUUCGCGAUGCAAUGGCCUUGCGAAAAAGUUAGGCGAUACUAUUGACGAUGAUGAAAUUAGUCUACAACAAUUAAACGAAAUUCCAAAAAUUGGAAGCUUAAAUUCUCAGCGCGCUUAUUUAAUUGAUCCCGCAAAUAAAUAUCUCAAAGAUAAUUACAAUAAUGAUCAUAUUCCCGAAGACCGUAACUUAAAAACCAUGGUAUCUGCUAAAUUUUCCGACAGUAAAAUCAUGACUACAUUAAAUGACUCCCGAAACGAAAGAGCUAGAAAGCACUUGAAAGACGAAAAAAGGUUAACGAUCAUGUUAUUAACUAUAGUUAGUUUGCACUUCAUCUGCAACAUACCACAAGCGAUUGUAACUAUAAUAGAUACCAAAUACCACGCGGCAAAUAUCAAUAACGAUUAUGAUAAUAAAACCCAAAAUUCCAAAAAUGAUCGUGGUCAAACACUUCUGAAUAUAGCUCUUAUGUCUACUAAUGUUUUGGAAGCCCUCAAUUUCGCACUCAAUUUUUAUCUUUAUUGCAUUUUUAUAAAGGAUUUUCGCGCGCAAGUCAAAAAUUUAUUCUGUAAAAUGACCAGCGGUAGAUUUUGUAAGAAAUAUUUUCAGAACACACCAACUACGACCAUAGAAACAUCCCUCAAGAGCUAUAAUCAAGAAUUGAGCACUUACAAUAAAUUGGAUAAAUUCUCAAUUAACUGAAUGAAUUGUGUCUAAAUAAAUCAUUAUUAUUAAUCGGUUUAAUCUUAUAAUUGAGAUUUUUUUCUAAUUAUAAAAAACUAUAUAAAUAUUAUAUACCUUCUAAUGUCAAAAUUUCUAAUAUAUUAUUUAUAAAAUUUUAUA